AUGAAAGUGUUUGAACUUACGCUAUAUAGUUGUUAUUUCUCGCCUAACAAUAGAUAUGAGGAGUUCGAAAAAGAUGUUAGUGAGCUAUUUGAAAGUAUUGAGUCACAGCGUGGGGAAAUAGUGGUGGCUGGAGACUUCAACGCGGCAUCGAACGUUUGGUCCACUAAAACCGAAAAUGCUAGGGGACGUCUUAUUAUGGAGCUUCUCGCGAGUGCAGACAUGAUCAUAGUUAAUAGGGGGUUUUCGCCAACGUUUCAAAGAGGCAGUAAGAAUUCCACUCCAGACAUUACCUUUGUAAGCCCAGGCCUAACACACAAAAUAUCGGAAUGGCAAGUCCUUGAUGAAGAUAGCUUGAGUGGUCACAGAUAUAUAAAGUUCCAUAUACUCCAAAAGGAAAUGAAACCGACCACACCUCGGCCAAUAGGAUGGAGACUUGACAAACUAGAUCAGCCGGUGUUUGAAUGUGUUCUGAAGGAACAAUAUAUUAAUACACCAGAUGAAUUAGUAGCUGCCACUAGAAAAGCUUGUGAUAAAGCGAUGCCAAAAAAGGGAUUACGGAAGAAAGCACCCGUUUAUUGGUGGAAUGAAAAAAUUAGGGAGAUAAGAGAGAUCUGCACAAAGUGCCGUCGAAAAUAUACUCGGCAAAGACGAAAAAAGGGUAAAAAUAACUUUGGUAUAGUUGAGAUGGACCAAACAGAAAAUAAACUAAGAGAAGAAUAUAAGUCUGCUAAACUCGUAUUACAACUGGCGAUAAAGAAAUCAAAAGAACGAUAG